UUGGCUAGGGACAGGCUGUUUGGAGCAAAAGGCAGAAUGUACAGGCUUUGGGCUCUUUCUAUUUGAAUCAUAAGUGUGGCUACACCCUAGUCAUUGCCCAUUUAGACUUUCUGUCAGACUAGGGAGAAGCUCAAGCAUGGAGCUCUGCUAUAAAGCCAGGAGCCAUAGUGGGAUGUACUUUUGUACUCACUGAACACUGAGCAGUCCAGCCUGGGGAUUACUGACAACUACAACUUGAAGCUCCAGUAGCACCAGAUGCCUCCAUCCUCCUGCUGCACCUCCUUCUUGAAAGGUUCUACCCUGUGGGCCUCCAAUACAGCAGGGAUUGGACCCUCCACCUUGAGACACUAUGGCCCUGACACCAGAAUUGAACAAACAAACAAAACUGAAAGAGGUAGCAGGGAUCCCCUUGCAGGCUGCAACUGUAGACAACUGGAGGCAGAUUCAGACCUUCAAGGCCAAGCCAGAUGACCUCCUUAUUUGUACUUACCCUAAAUCAGGAACAACAUGGAUUCAAGAAAUUGUGGACAUGAUUGAGCAGAAUGGGGAUGUGGAGAAGUGCCAGCGAGCCAUCAUUCAACACCGACAUCCUUUUAUUGAGUGGGCACGGCCACCCCAGCCAUCAGGUGUGGAUCAAGCCAAUGAGAUGCCAGCUCCAAGAAUACUAAGGACCCAUCUUCCCACUCAACUGCUGCCACCAUCUUUCUGGACAAAUAACUGUAAGUUCCUUUAUGUGGCUCGAAACGCAAAAGACUGCAUGGUUUCCUAUUACCACUUCUAUAGGAUGAGCCAGGUGCUCCCUGAUCCAGGCACCUGGGACGAGUAUUUCGAAACCUUCAUCAAUGGAAAAGUAAGUUGGGGAUCCUGGUUCGACCAUGUGAAAGGAUGGUGGGAAAUACAAGACAGACACCAGAUUCUCUUCCUUUUCUAUGAAGAUUUGAAGAGGAACCCAAGGCAUGAAAUCCAGAAGGUGAUGCAGUUCAUGGGAAAGAACUUGGAUGAAGCAGUGCUGGAUAAAAUUGUCCAGGAGACAUCAUUUGAGAAAAUGAAAGAGAAUCCUAUGACAAAUCGUUCUACAGUCCCCAAGUCUAUCCUGGACCAGUCCAUUUCUCCUUUCAUGAGAAAAGGAACUGUGGGGGAUUGGAAACACCAUUUUACUGUGGCUCAGAAUGAGAGGUUUGAUGAAAUCUAUAGACAAAAGAUGAAAGGAACUUCUAUAAACUUCUGUAUGGAACUCUGAUCAAGAUGUGCAAGUAGACAUCAGGAACACGGAGGCUGUCGGCAAGCCACACCCAGCGAAAAGAAGUCCUGAAGCAUGCUGUAAAUGUCAAGAAUCGUAGUCCAGACUCUGCCAUUAUUAACAUCACAUUACAAUUUUAUAAAAGCAGAUCACGUCCAAUCUGUAAUUUCUCCAUUACUCACUGCAAAUCAGUAAAACAGGUUUAUUAGCUAAGGAAAACGUAAAACUUGAAUACUAUGACUUUUAAGUUUGCAUUAUGCUAGAAGGUGUAGUCUAGAUUCUGACUCUGAAAUAACUACCUUAAGCACAACCACACAAAUUUCACAGGUCACCUAUACGAAUGUACAUGAAAUUCCUGAUGUCUUCCUGCUCAAUCAGAUUUUGCCUGGUUACAAUGAGAAGAAUCAAUUUGUGGACAACGUGUUGCAGCCUUCCCAUGGGAACAUGUUCUACUUGGGAAAAAGAAAAUGAGGGAAGGACCAAGGAAAUGUUAGAAAUCCAAACCUUAACAAAGGGAAUCCUAGUUCUGGGUCAUAAAAGAAACAUAAGGAAGGCAAGAGAGGGGCCUUUGGGAAAGCCGAAUUGUGCCUCGAUAAAAGCAGAAUGGAGGCAUGGUGCUCAGCUUGGAGCCAAUUGAGUUUUGAUCCACUGUCAUCUCUUCUAAUGAGCAGCUUGUAACCAAACAAAAUGUCCCUUUUACCUAGUUUUCACUUUUGCCCAUGUGAGUUCACUCUGUCUGUAUUUGCUUGCCAGCACAUUCUUCUCCAUCUCUCACUAGUUCUGUGUCUUACUCCCAGUACUGAAGGCAGUGUGGGGAACAGUGUGUUGGUGUGAA